GAUCCGAUCCGCUUCCACGCGCUCCCUCCCAAAUGCCAAAGCACCCUGCGAAGCGUAGAGCGGCAAAAACCUCUCCAGCCACCUUUCUUCGAUCGCCGACGCCAUGAGCGACUCUCGCGAAGAAUCUCCCGACUGGCUUCGAUCAUUCCAGGGACCAAGUCAGGCUUUCUUUACGCUAUCUUCAGCAUCUGAGUCUUCCCCAGAAAGUAGUCUGACAAGGUCUGAUCGUAUCCAUCGCAAAGAACCAGAGAAACCUCCAGAGGAUUCGAUUCUAAUAGAUAGUGGAGAAGAAAGCCCAGUCAUCGAGACCAAAAAACAAAAGAUUGUCAAAACCAAACCUAAUCAAAACCUAAAAGAAGACACCUUGGACGUGCAAGAUGAUGGACCGAUGGAGGAAGAUAUUGGAGGGAAACCUGCUGGACCUACUAUCUCCUCAAGGUUGCCCCUGGUGUUCCCAGACAAAGCUCAAUGUUCAAAGGCACUGAUUGAAUGUGAUGGGGAUUCCAUAGACCUAAGUGGAGAUGUGGGUGCGGUUGGGCGAAUAGUAAUAUCAAAUGGUCCUGCUGGAAACCAGGAAAUGCUCUUAGAUCUAAAAGGGACCUUAUAUAAGUCAACAAUAGUUCCUUCAAGGACAUGUUGCAUCGUUAGUGUCGGACAGUCAGAAGCAAAGAUAGAAGCUAUCAUGAAUGAUUUUAUCCAAUUGGAGCCUCAGUCUAAUGUGUUUGAGGCUGAAACAAUGAUUGAAGGAACACUUGAUGGAUUUUUUUUUGAUUCGGAAGAGGAGGCAGAUAAAUUGCCUAAAUUUUCUGUUCAUCAAAGUGAUCAAAAAAAUGAAAAAGGAGACCAACCAGAUAUGAAGACGCAAAUCGACAAGUCAUCGGGUAUAGUGUAUAAGAAGGCAAAAACUACUGCAAGGCCAUCCAAGAAAGCAGCAAGGAAGUCUCAAUCUUUAAAGAGAACAAAGAAGAAGAAAUGAGAUGAACGUGUGCUUGACGGUCACGUAAACAGGUAACAGGCCACUGGAAGGAACUGCGGACUGAUGCUGGGCCUCACAUAUUGGCUUACCUAGAGAAAGGUUGCUUGAAACAACAGAUAUAUUUUGGAUUUCAGAUGUCCAGAAAUCUCUUUUUAUUGUCUCCUUGUGCUUGAUUUCAUGUUCGCCUUUCUACGUGGCAAGUCUACUUGCCAUGUUUUCAUGCUCUCUUUGCUACCUGACGCUGAGGUUAUCAAAUCCUCCCUCCUACUCAAUUAUCUCACCAGGUAUAUGUCUUGCAACUAUAGUUGGUGAAAAUGGGCACCACACGAUCCCCGAUCAUGAAUAGGGGUACGUAAUCGCCUUAUGACACUGGAUCAAUGGUUGGUCUACGGCAUUUUCUUGUUUGAUUGGUUAUGGAAUAAAAUCUGGCAGGCGGUACACAUGAUAUUAUUGAUCCAUCUAUGUGAUAUGGAUGCUCGAAUUUUU